GCACAGGAGUUGUGGGGGGAGGGGGAAAAGGCCUCCCGGGCCUCGGCCGCCGAAGCGUGUUCCUGGCCCGCGGGUCAGGCCCCCGAGUGCUUCCCGGCCCUGUUCUUCCUUGGGGUGGAUCCCCGGAGUCUCCUCGAGGCACGGACUCUGGUGGUCGCGGUGGAGGAGGGGACUCCUGCAUUGCUCCCGGGCGGGCCGCUGCCGUGCCUGGGCCGGGGGACUGCCGCCUCCCGGAGCGCGUGGGGCCGGCAUGGAGCUCUUUCAGGCCAAGGACCACUACAUCCUGCAGCAGGGCGAGCGUGCCCUGUGGUGCAGCAGGCGCGACGGCGGCCUGCAGCUCCGACCGGCCACUGAUCUACUUCUUGCCUGGAAUCCCAUUUGUUUGGGAUUGGUAGAAGGAGUAAUUGGAAAAAUUCAACUUCAUUCAGAUCUUCCAUGGUGGCUUAUUUUAAUUCGGCAGAAAGCAUUGGUGGGCAAACUCCCAGGAGACCAUGAGGUCUGUAAAGUCACCAAGAUUGCUGUAUUGUCACUUUCUGAAAUGGAACCUCAGGAGCUUGAGCUGGAGCUCUGUAAGAAGCAUCAUUUUGGAAUUAACAAGCCUGAGAAGAUUAUACCAUCUCCUGAUGACUCCAAAUUUCUACUGAAGACAUUUACGAAUAUCAAAUCCAACGUGUCUGCUCCCAACAAAAAGAAGGUUAGAGAAAGUAAAGAAAAGGAGAAACUGGAGAGGCGUUUGCUUGAGGAGUUACUGAAGAUGUUCAUGGACUCAGAGUCCUUCUAUUAUAGCUUGACCUAUGACCUGACCAACUCGGUGCAGAGGCAGAGCGCUGGGGAGAGGGAUGGCCGUCCUCUGUGGCAGAAGGUUGAUGACCGAUUUUUCUGGAAUAAGUACAUGAUCCAAGAUCUCACUGAGAUUGGUACUCCGAAUGUAGACUUCUGGAUCAUCCCCAUUAUCCAGGGUUUUGUGCAGAUUGAAGAACUUGUGGUUAAUUACAAUGAGUCCUCGGAUGAUGACAAGAGCAGCCCAGAGACACCCCCUCAGGACUCCACUUGUGUAGAUGACAUUCACCCGAGAUUUCUAGUGGCUCUUAUAUCUCGUAGAAGUAGGCACAGAGCAGGAAUGAGGUAUAAACGAAGAGGAGUGGAUAAAAAUGGAAAUGUGGCGAAUUAUGUGGAGACUGAGCAGUUAAUUCAUGUUCAUAAUCAUACCCUGUCAUUUAUUCAAACUCGAGGCUCUGUGCCGGUCUUUUGGAGCCAAGUUGGAUAUCGCUAUAAUCCAAGACCUCGGCUAGACAAAAGUGAGAAGGAAACGGUUGACUGUUUCUGUGCCCAUUUUGAAGAACAGCUGAAAAUUUACAAAAAACAGGUUAUUAUUAACUUGGUAGACCAGGCUGGAAGGGAAAAGAUUAUUGGUGAUGCUUAUCUGAAGCAGGUGCUGCUCUUCAACAACCCCAAGCUCACCUAUGUCUCCUUUGAUUUCCACGAGCACUGCCGAGGAAUGAAGUUUGAGAAUGUUCAAACCCUAACGGAUGCCAUUCAUGACAUCAUCCUUGACAUGAAGUGGUGUUGGGUUGAUCAAGCUGGUGUAAUAUGUAAGCAAGAAGGAAUUUUUCGAGUUAAUUGCAUGGACUGCCUGGAUCGCACCAAUGUGGUCCAAGCUGCCAUAGCGCGUGUGGUCAUGGAACAGCAGCUUAAAAAACUAGGUGUGAUGCCCCCAGAGCAGCCACUACCUGUGAAAUGUAAUCGGACCUACCAGAUCAUGUGGGCUAACAAUGGUGACUCCAUCAGCAGGCAGUAUGCUGGGACGGCUGCUCUAAAGGGUGACUUUACAAGAACAGGAGAAAGGAAAUUGGCAGGAGUUAUGAAAGAUGGAGUUAACUCGGCCAAUAGGUACUACCUCAGUCGGUUCAAGGAUGCUUAUAGGCAAGCUGUCAUAGAUUUGAUGCAAGGCAUUCCAGUGACAGAAGAUCUUUAUUCCAUAUUUACCAAGGAGAAGGAGCAUGAAGCUUUGCAAAAGGAGAACCAGAGAAGCCACCAGGAGCUCAUCAGCCAGCUCUUACAGAGUUAUAUGCAGUUGCUGCUGCCAGGUGAUGAGAAGUUCCACGGGGGCUGGGCCCUCAUCGACUGCGACCCCAGCCUCACUGACGCUGCUCACAGAGAUGUGGACGUGCUCCUGCUGCUUUCUAACUCUGCCUACUAUGUGGCCUAUUACGAUGAUGAAGUUGAUAAAGUAAACCAGUAUCAACGACUGAGCCUAGAAGACCUGGAAAAAAUAGAAAUAGGUCCUGAGCCUACUCUUUUCGGCAAACCAAAGUUCUCCUGCAUGCGGCUGCACUACAGGUGUAAAGAAGCAAGCGGUUACUUCCACACGCUGAGAGCUGUACCACGGAGUCCUGAAGAAGAUGGGAAAGAUACUCUUCAGUGCAUUGCAGAGAUGUUGCAGAUCACCAAGCAAGCCAUGGGACUGGAUGUUCCCAUAAUUGAGAAGAAACUUGAGAGGAAAAGCAGUAAGCCUCAUGAAGACAUCAUUGGUAUCAGAUCUCAAAACCAAGGCUCUCUGGCCCAGGGGAAAAGCUUUUUAAUGAGCAAAUUUUCAUCUCUAAAUCAAAAAGUAAAGCAGACCAAAUCCAACGUGAACAUUGGCAACCUACGAAAAUUAGGAAACUUUACAAAGCCUGAAAUGAAAGUUAACUUUCUAAAACCAAACUUAAAAGUCAAUCUUUGGAAGUCAGAUAGUAGUCUUGAGACCAUGGAAAACCCAGGAGUGAUGGAUAAUAAGGUCCAGAGGGAGUCUGAUGGGGACAUUUCUUCAGAUGACUCAUACCACUCUGAUGAAUUCCUUACAAAUUCUAAGUCAGAGGAAGACAAGCAGCUAGCCAAUUCUUCAGAGAGUGUGGGGCCAAUAGAUUACAUUCUCCCGAGCUGUGGGAUUAUUGCUUCAGCACCUCGACUAGGCAGUCGGUCCCAGUCUGCCAGCAGCACUGACAUCAGCACUCGUGCUCCCUCAGAAGCUACCGUUGGUCAUGGAAGUGAGCUUGGAAAAGACCUGGAGUCUCCCUUGAAGAAAAGCCCUUCUGUUGACAACAUACGCAUAUUGACUGGCUUUGCAAAGCCCAUGGAUGUUUACUGCCAGAGAUUUGUGCAGGAUGCACAGAAUAAAAUGAAUGAGCUGUCAGAGAUCAGGUCUGCAUCUCAGAAUAGUGAGGAUGGAUAUCACAAAAUGAACUGUGUUUCUAAUGAAAAAACCCAGCCAGAGUCAGUGGAGCAGACGCCUUCUCGACCCUCCCAGUUAAAUGUCUCCUGUUCUGCGGCAGGCCCACAGUUCUUAUCAGUUGAACCUGUGCAUUCAGUGGUAUCUCAGAAGACGCCCAGCUCCGGGUCCAGCCUUCUGGAACUUGAGGCAGGGCUUUGUGCAACUCCUUCUUCAGAGGGAAGCAGCAGCAGAGCAGUCUCUCCCUUUGCAAAGAUCCGCAGCUCCAUGGUCCAAGUUGCUAAUAUUACCCAAGCUGGGCUAACUCAUGGGAUAAACUUAGCAGUUGCCAAAGUUCAAAAGAGUCCAGCAGAACCUGAAGUGGUUAAUGAAAUUCAACAAAAUGAACUUAAAAAUAUGUUUACACAAUGCCAGACACGGAUAAUUCAGAUUUAGAUUUUAGUCACAAUCCUUUGGCUUUUAUUUAAAAAUUCAAAAUGAAGUUUUCACCUAUCAGGCUAUUUUAACCUGUACUGAGUUUAGGGAUUUCAAAUUCUAAUUAUGUUUAUUGGCAAUUGUUUACAAGGAGUCUAAACCUUAGCAAAUUUCCAGAUAUGUAAACCAAGACUACAAGCAGUCAUCCUGGAUUACGGACCAGAGUAGCAAACACACUAGAGUGGUUUGUGCAUCUCACUUGGGAAGGAGUAGAAAAGAAACCAAGCUGGUGUCUGGGGGGAGACACUCUGAAGCAGAUAUAGUGUGGACAGUCAUUUACGGAGUUAGCAUUUUUCUGCUCUAUCAUCAGUUCAUUCCUCUAUACUGCUUCUAUAAAGGAAAUUAUGCAUUUAGAUUUUAGUGAUACUAGUGUGCAUUAGUAUCUAAAUUAAAAAAGUCUUGUGGCUUAACCAUUCUCUGAAGUUGAGAAUUAACAAUGGUGAAAAUGUAUUUUCAUUUGACCCCAAUCCCAUAUUCUCCUUUUUUCUCCCAAAUUCUUAAAUAUGGGCUUGCCUGUCAUAAAAUAACUUGCUGCAGGAACAUAAGAUCAUGUUUAUUGACUGUAGGGAUCUCUAGAAAAGUCGUUUGAACUCUUUCAAGGGGGACAUUUAGCAUCUCUCUUGUAGGUUCUAGAACUAUGGAAAACAUAGCUAAAGUACAGGUUAAACUGGUUUUAUGCGGUAACUAACCACCAAGAACCUCUUCUGUAACCCAGAGUAAGAAAGUUGUAGGGCAUAUUCUAGCAGGCAUCAAUGUCUCUGGCAUCCUUUAGAGCCUUACUCUGGUUAGCUGACUCAGUUUAACAUUAUGUCUGUUAAAACUCUGAUAAGCAUUCCGCCUUUGUUAUUUAUUUGAAGUGUCAAGUCUUGUGACUAUUAAAGUACCACUGUAAUUCAAAA